CACCGGUUAUCCCCAAAAUCGACGACCCACACUUUUUCAAAUUACACGUUCCGUGGCAAACCCUAACUUUUCGUUUCCCUCCAAAAUCACUCAAAAGACCUGAAAUUCCCCCAAAUCAAAAUCUAUAUGGUUUUGAUUCAUUCGUCUUUGCGUUAAUGGACGCGGACAUAUGCCGAUGGAUAUCUGAAUUCUUGCUGCGAAACCCUGUGCAAGACCAUGUAAUCAAGAAGCUUCUCCAAGUCCUUCCGGUCUCGGCCGACUCGCGCUUCAAGAAGACUGUGCUCCUACGUACAAUCCAGGCCGAUAUUGCGGACGCUUCGCUGACCGAAACUACCCUCGAUAAGCUAGAAAUGAUCGAGCAGUUGGACCGGGGUGACGGGGUCGAGAUUUCGGACUCGUUGAAGGUGGCCUAUUGCACAGUGGCGGUAGAGUGCGCGGUGAAGUACCUGGCGGGGAGCCGCGACGGCCACAGUAAGUACUUCGAGGCGGUGAAGAGGAUUUUCAGGGACAGAAUCCGUGAUUUGGAGAGGUUCGGGAAGAGCGAGUUGGUUACGGGUGAGUUGAGGUGCAUGGGGGACGAGUUGGAGGCGGCCAUUUGGGACGAUAAGGGAGCGAAGAAGCUGAUGAAGAUGAAUACGAGGAAUGAAGCUUUGGAAGCGGUUAAAGUUUACUUGAAGGAGGCAUGGGCGCUCCUGGGUCCUCCGUUUCUUGAGUCCGCUGCGACUGCGACCGAGCCCUCGGGCAUCCAGAGGCCUAGUGGUAAUGCGGGUGGGGUGGGUGUGAAGAGUUUGAACCAAAUUAAUGGAAAACUGGCGGCGAAGAAUAAGCCUAAUGCUGUUCAGUAUGCGGGCGAAUCGGCUGGGAAGCAAGAAGAGGCGCUGAUUUUGCCUAAUGUGGGUGAGUUGGCUGCAAAGACGGUGAACCAAGUUGAAGAGGUGGCUACGGUUACGCCUAAUGAGGGUGAUUUUACCGCGAAGCUGGUGAACCGUGUUGAAGGAGAGAUGGCGGCAGGGAAUGUGCCUAAUGCUAGGCAGGACGUGGGUGAAUUGGCUGCGAAGACGUUGAACCAGUUUGAAGAAGUGGCGGCGAAUAUGCCUAAUGUCAGUGAUUUGGCGGUGAAUACGGCAAACCAGGCGGAGAAAGAGCUGGUGGUGAAUACACUUAACGCGGACCAGGGUGUGGGUGAAUCGGCUGCAAAGACAACAAAUCAAGUGAUGACGAACACACUAAACGUUGCUCAAUUGGCUGCGAACAGGGUGGAUCAGUUUGAAGAGCUGGCAGCAAAUUUGCAGGGCGCCGAUCAGGAUUUUCGCGACAAUGAUAGGCCUGAGUUGUGCGAUAGAGAGGCAAGAAGAUCGGUAGCUUUGCCCAGUGGAAGUUGGGAUACGAUUGUCAGGGAUAGAGCCGCUGCUGGGAGAGUGAACGAGACACAGCAAGGGAAUGUGCCACACAGACGCAAGCAUGUUGUGUGGCAUAAACGCUCUAAAGCAGGAGUUAAGAUUGCCGAUGCCGAGGAACUGGACACAGACGUAACGUGUAACAAAUACAAUUCUCUGCCUACCCCUGAAGUAAAUAAAGUACGAGCAGCACUUAAAUCCAGUUCUUUGGAGUUACAAGCAGUGGUGAAGGACCCUCUUCCUGAUGCAUUACGGUUGGCUGAAAAUGUAAUGAAUGACAGGGUGACAAGAGAUAAAAAGCAUGAAACUUCUGUAGAAAACCAGAGUGUGAGAGGCAGAGAUGCACCCAAUCCAUCUGUUAACAAGAGCAUUGAACCCACAGAAAUUGAUGACCGUACUCAUGAACAUCAGUCCUGUAGUGAUCAGAACAAUGCUCCUCGACCAAGCUUAAUGGAGCGGAAUAGCACUGCUCAUACUUUUGAGUGGGAUGAUUCAAUAGAUGACUCACCUGAAGGAAUGACCAAUCAUGCAAUCAGACUUCGAUUACCUAGCCCUAAGAGAAAGAGCAUUUCACCUUUGAAGAAGUAUGAGACUGCAAAUUUUGCUAGAAGGAGAAAAGUAAAGAGAUGGACUUUGUUGGAGGAAGAAACUUUAAGGACUGGUGUGCAGAAGUAUGGUAAAGGAAACUGGAAGCUCAUUCUGAAUUGCUACCGAGAUACCUUUGAAGAGAGGACUGAGGUCGAUCUAAAGGACAAGUGGAGAAACAUGACACGAUCCUGACACAUCAAUACAGUUUGCAACUUUUUACAUUUUGUCUAAAGUUGGUAUAUAAUCUAGCAGUCAGUGGUCUUUGGAUUCAUCCCAUAAUCCUGUGUCUUGUACUUCAUCAUGGGUUGUAAAACAUCAGGUUUAAGCCCCAUUCACCAUGUUAUUGGUUGCCUUUUUGGUUAGCAGAAGUAUAAUAACUCUGUCGUCUCUUCAUCCAUUACCUCUCCUUAAUUCUCCUUAUUUAGCUAGCUUAUACAACACUAGGGAUGUAGUUGAAACUUUGAAGUAUGCAGUGCUAAGAUUUGUUAAAUAAUAUGUAUGUCUUGUUCAUAUGAAUGAAAAAUGUAUUUAGUUUGAUGUAA